AUGGAUUCUAAAAUAAUAUUCUCAAGAUAAAUUACUAUAGAGGAUUGGAAAUAAGAUAAAAUAUCCUAACAAGUUGUUCUAAUUCUUGGAGUAGGAGGUAUAGGUUCUGUUGCAACAACUAAUCUACUCAGAUUAGGAGUUAAGAAAAUCUUUAUGGUUGACUAUGAUCGUGUUGAAAUUCAUAAUCUAAAUAGAUAAACACUUUAUUCUAAGUAAAAUCAAAUAUCUAAAUUUUAGCAAAGAUGUAAAUCAAUAGAAAGUAAAAGCUGCUCUUGAAAAUGCAUCAUUCCAUAACGUAGGCAAUACAGAAAUUUAAAUGUUUGAUUUGGAUGCUGUAUAAAACUGGGAUAAAAUUGUAGAGAUGGCUUCUUAAUCAACUGCAAUUUUUAACUGUAUUGAUUAUGGAGAUUAUUGGGAUGCUGCAGUAUAAAGUUUAUGUCUUUAUUACAAUAUUCCAAUGAUAAUUGCUGGAAGUUUUGCUUAAUCUUUUAUGGCAGAAAUAUAUUUAGGAACACCUUGUUAUGGAUGCAUGACAGAUGGUCUGAAAGAAGAAUAUUUGAAUCAAAUCACUAAAGAAAAGAUAACAAAUUUAAAAAAUAUCUCUUUUUUACCUUCAAAUAAUAAACCAUAAGGUCAAUCUCAUCAAGUAUUAUGCUCAACUGCUGGAAACUUUGCAACAUAAUUACUAUUAAAUUAUUUAAAUGAAUAAGCAGAUUCUUAAGCAAGCAAGUAUGAUAUAUUUUAUUAAUAUUUUAGGAAAGUUUUGUUUUAUUUAACUACUUUUGAAAUAGUGAAUUUUCCUGUAUUCUCAAAAAACAAUUGCUAAAUAUGCAAAUAUUAAGAACCUAUAAAAGAAUAGUAAAUAAUAACAACAGAACCUAUAAAAGAAGAGUAAAUUAUAACAACAGAACUUAAUCAAGAACAAAAAUGA